AACCUUACCUUACAAAACAAAACAACGUGUUUGUUUACAUUUUGUAUUUAGUUAAGGAAUAACUAACAAAUUAUUGUUUUUUUCUUACAAAUUAUUUAAUUAAUCAAUUCAAUAUGUUAAAAACUUAUAUUAACACAGUGCCUUAUACAAGAUUAGUUCUUAUUACAGAUUCUUUACAAGCCAAAGAUCCAAGAAUAUUAAAUUAUAUAAUAAAUCAACACUUGCAACAGGCUAGGAACAAAAUUCACUAUUUUGUAUUUGAAGGUGUCUUUGACAAAACUAAGGACAAAUAUAGAUCGACAAGUAACAUAGUGUUUUAUAAUUUUGUUACUAAGGAUGAACAAGAAAAAAGCCAUGAAGAAUUUGAAAAACUAAUCUUGUCUUUGAGAGAAAAUGAUGUUUUAGUUGUUGAUUCUCUUGCAAAUGUUAUUUUUCUCUAUGGAGUAGCAAUUGCAUACAGACUGUUUAAUAGUAUUUUAAAUAAUAAAGCUUUAAAGCAAGCAGUAACUGUCUUACACAGAGACCUUUUGCUGGGAGACCAAAUUGAGGAAUAUUUUUCGAAUUUAAGUACAUUUUCUAUUGACAUACAACCAAAGUUUUUAACAAAUAACCGUCGGGUACUUUAUAAAUAUAAAAAGUCGGGAGGAAAAAUUAUUUCAGAGCUAGAAGAAUACAGAUUUGAGGGAAGCCAGUUGAUUUCUAGUAAAAUAGAAAAGCCAGACAUAAUGAAAUUGAUUGAAAAGUCGUCUACAUCUGAAGUGAAUCCUGAAAACUUAUCUACAUUUAGAAUAGGCCUCUCUGAAGAAGAAAAGAAUUUAAGGGAUAAAGUAGUCCUACCUUAUUUGCCUAAACCGGAAAAUGAUAAAUCUCAACAGGCAGAGGGUAAAAUAUUUUACGAGUUCGAUGAACAGGACGAUUGGGAUGAAGAGGACCCUGAUGAUGAUUUAGAUAUUUAGCGGGAACUAUGAGCUUACUGAAAGAUCUUAUAUAUACAUGUUUUAAUAUAAAAUAGAAUUUAUAUAUUAUAAGCUUAAUUUAUAUGGCAUGUUUAAGAGAGCUAUAUUUUUUUUUAGUUAUUUUUAGGUGUAAAAAAAUGUGAUGUUACUUUUAUUGCUUUGCAAACUUACCUUGUUAAUUCUGUAAUAUAUAUUAUUGACCUGUAAAUUAUUUGAAUUGAAUUUUUUGUAUUACAUUAAUUAUUUCUUAA